AUGUCGGCCGCUCCAGAAACGCCCAAAAAGUUGAGAGACAAAAGCCAGCGCAAACCAAAAGACCCCUCUACCAAAGCGCUCAAAAACUCCUCAAAAAAGCGGCCCCGCGACGACGCCGAGUCCUCAUCCCAACUCCUCCGCACCGAAGCCUCACCCUCGAAGCGGCAGCGCACCGCGCCACCCACCGGCGAGCCUUCCACCCAGCACCAACCCAACGCGAGCGCCACAGCACAACCACUACAAUCGCCUCGACCAGAAGACUCCCCCUUCGUCCACCAGACAAUCUCCCUCUACCUCCCCCUCUCCCCCAUAACCUACGCGUCUCCGAUCCCGGGGCUGUGCGCCGAACACCUGUCCCCGCUGCUCCUGACAUACUACCCGCCUCUCCACGGCGUGGUCCUCUCGUACGCCAACGUGCGGCUGUCGGCCGAGCGGCCGUCCAUCUCGCGCACCCCAGAUCCCGCCGACAUAGAGGAACCCGUUCUCGCCCUCAGCAUAGACGAAUACGCCGCCUCUUUCGUCUGGGCGACGGCCGACUUCGUGGUCCUGCGGCCUCGGCGCGGGGUGUGGUUGGAGGGGUACGUCAAUCUGCUCAACGAGAGCUAUUUGGGACUGGUCGUGUAUAACCUCUUCUCGGCGAGCGUGCACCGGAAUCGGCUGCCGAGGGAUUGGCGGUGGGUUGAGGAGACUAGUGCGGGGGAUAGGCAGGCGCUGGCGGGGGCUGAAGAGGGACAUGUCCAGGGAGAGGAGGAGGUCGGGAGGGAUACAGAUGGCGACGUCAGGAUGCGGAAGUGGCAGGGGAGGGGAAGGCAGGCCGAGGGCUAUUACGUUGAUGGGGAGGGGGAGAAGGUGGACGGGCUGAUUCGGUUCCGGAUCAAGGAUUUUGAGAGCGGGGCCGGAGAAGGAGAGAAGGGGUUUCUGAGCAUCGAGGGUACGAUGCUAAGUGAAGAUGAGGAGGAAGAGGCGGAUGAGCAGGAGAGGGCGCAGGGAGGUGGCGCGCAAAGGGGUGCUAGGGGCAGGUCGAGACCGCAGACGUCGAGCACGAGAGGGAGGGGAGGGGUCAAUGGGGUUAAUUGGGGUGACAGGAGGAAUGGGGCGGAGAGGAGUAGAGGUGCAAGGUCAUGA